AUGCACAUGACCAAUCUCUCGCUGCCGAGCUCAGCGAGUGAAACCGCAGUUUAUGGGCGCGGAUUAAAAAUAACAGAUGAUAUGUUAGAGAAAUGGCGCGAACAAUUUAUCAACAACGAUACAGAAUUUCAAAAGUUUCUUCUUGAACAAACAUUUUCAAAUCCAAUCUUCGAACACUGCUGUUUACGUAUCAUUUAUCAAAAAUCCUUUGCUAAAACAUUUUUAAAAUGGGCUGAAAAGUGCAAUAUGGAGAUCGAUGAUCAGUGGUUUGAAAUUAUUUCUAAACUAAUGGCUAACGAUUGUGAACAAGAUUGGAAUCAUACAGAUAAUAAUCAAACAGUAAUUAUACGUCAGACAACAGCAUUGUUGUCGCAAGGCAAUACAGGAUUAUCUAUUUGGCCUUCAGCCAUUUAUCUCGCAAAUUACUUGAUGAAAAAUGGAUAUUUAUUAAGAAAUAAACAAAUUCUAGAACUUGGAAGUGGAGUGGGUAUUCUUGGACUUUCUUUGUUAAAAUAUAUCAUCGAUAUUCGAACAUUUGUAUUCUCGGAUUAUUCAGAUCAUGUGUUGAACUUAUUACGUCAAAAUUUAUCAAUAAACUUUCCUCAAUUGGAUUGUUGUGCAAAUAACGAAUGGACUAUUCGUUCAGAAAACGAUCAUACGAAAGUGCAAAUAGAAGAAUUAGACUGGAAUCAGUAUGAUAAGCUUACAACAGAUCUAUAUGAUUUGAUCAUUGCUUCAGACGUCAUUUACGAUCCGUCAAUUAUUGAAAGUCUAAUUAAAACGUUGAAGAAACUUCUGAUAAAUAAUUCUUCCUGUAUCGUAUUCAUGGCAAAUGUAAUACGCAAUGAAUCGACUUAUGCACUGUUUCGACAAAAGCUUGAAGAAUCAACGGAGCAAGCAUUUGUCAUUGAAAGAAUCAUCGACAACAACAAUGACGAUAUGACAAAACAUUCUGUUGAAAUCCUCAAAAUUCAUUCACAAAAGGAUAUUAUAACGCAACAGUUUUAA